AUGGCAUCCAUGAUGGAUCCACAAUUGGCGGAUUUGCCGAUCGAGAUGGCCGUAGAUAAUGACGAUGAUAUGCCAGAGCUGAUCGAAACCGAUCCAAGUAAAGGGCUGCCGUCACUCAUCGAGCAAAAUACGCCUAAAACAGUUGACGAAACUACGGAAUUCACUCAGGUUCGGGUUUUACUCCUGCGAAUGCAGAGUACACAUACAUUUGAGGUUGUUGCGAAGAGUCGACACUUGCAACUUGCAUUCGCUGCGGUCUAUGUGAAUGAUGUUGUUUUCAAAAAAUGA